AUGCUGAAUUGUAUCUGGGGCAGGAGCGAGUGGUCAAAAGUGGUAAACACUCUUGACCACUUUGGACCAGCCCUCGACAUAUGCCCUACCAAAUUAUACAUCCAACGAUUUCUCGAUACUCGCCACAAACCGCGGUCGUGUACCCCGCAGCGAUCCCGAUUGAGUUCUUGUUUACUAGCCCAGUUUUGCCCUCAGUCGCCAUUUCACGAGCGCAGAAUCAUUCGCUAUGAUACGAUCGUCGACCAGAACGAGCAGUCACCAUCAGAAGACCUAGAUCUGUCGUACAUCGAAAAAGACGUUGCGAGCAAGAUUAAGGUCUCAACUAUAGAGACAAUAGCUGAGAAGGGCGAGGGCACAACCAACCAACGACCUCCAGCGAAUUCUCAGAGUAUUUGA